AGGAGCAGUGUGGUUUCGUAUAGACAUUAGACCACGCCAGCAGAGCAGAGCAGAAUAGAGCAGAGCAGAAUAGAGCAGAGCAGAGCAGAGCAGAGUAGAGCAGAGCAGAGCAGAGCAGAGUAGAGCAGAGUAGAGCAGAACGGAGCAGAACAGCGGAGGCAGCAGUAGCAACAGUACGGCGUCGACGCAGAACGAAAAACCUUGGCUUCGCCCGUCGUCGUCGUCGACGUCGACCGUCGCGAGCUGUGUGUCCCGAGCGGGCGCACGAGGUCGUAGCGAAGGUACCCGAGCGCCGAGCGAACGUCGACGGAGUUAACCGAGUUAUAGCGGAAUCAGCCGAGCGGCUAAGCUCGGUGGUGGGGCAUCAAGAAGGCUCAGUGUCUCGGCUCAGUCGAGCCAGCGUCGUGGUUGGAAUCGGUUUUGGGUGAGUGACGGGCACCGUCUCUCUCUCGGCGGGGAGGGGAGAGUAGAAACUCUCUCGCAGGUCGUUCCAAGGCAGCCGCUCUUUAAUCGCGCGUACACGAGGUAGUCCAGUCGAUGGUGGCCAGCUGCCGGAGUGAGGUUCAGUAUCGCAGCUGCGCGUCUUUUCUCUCCUCCCCUCGCUCGCUUCUUUCCUUUUUCUCUCUCUUUCUCCCUCCCUCCCUUCUCUUCUCUCUCUUUCUCUCCCUCUUUCUCUUUCUCUCUAUACAUAUCUCUAUCGGUUUAUCCCUUUUCCGUCUAUAUCUUUUCUUAUCCUUGAGUCCUUAACCGUUCUAGCGCAUAUCGUAUUAUAUCGACCUAUCGUCGCGUACGGCUCCAUCCGAAAUCUCUACCUUCGUCGUCGUCGUCGUCGUCGUCGUCGUCGUUGUCGACGUCGUCGUCGUCGUCGUCGUCGUCGUCGUCGUCCUCGUUUUCCGUCGCAUCGACACUUUGUGGAUGAACGACGCGUGUCGCGAAAUAUUGUUCUUCUCCAUCGCAUUAACAGAGCAUUACUCCCGAGAAUAUUACCGCUGAAGUAGAAGAGCAAGGGAGAGAGAGAGAGAGAGAGAGAGAGAGCAGACGGACGGACAGACAGAGGGUAGUAUAACACAGUGAAAAUGCGGUGGUCGUGGUAGUGACAAGUGUAACACCGAAAUAAAGAGAUAAAGAGAGAUAAAGAGAGAAAGAAAAAAGAACGAAAGAAAGACAGGCAGUCGGAAAGAAAAAAAGAAAGAAAGAAAGAAAGAAAGAAAGAAAGGUGGGGCGUUGACGGAAGAAGCAAAAAACAAGAAAAGAAGAACAAGAAAAAAGAAAGAGGUGAGGAAAAGGAAGAGGAAAAAGAUAAAAGUACACUCGACGACCGUAUCCCCAAGGCGAGAUUUAUCAUCAAACAGGAGUGUGAGUUAGAGAACGGAGAAGGAGAAAUCUACUGGUCGUCCUCGUCCCUUAAAAGGAAAAGGAAGGAGAAGUAAGUGUAGGAGAAGGAGAAGGAAGAGGAAGAGGAGAAGGUGGUGGAGGAGGAGGAGGAGGAGGAGGAGGAGAAGGAGGAGAGCCGUUUUUUUAGCCUUUCGUUAGCCAGAGCGGAAGUUAUGACGGAGACGCGUGCUAGAGAAGGAAGUAUUAUUCGCGCGCAUGUGUCCAGUGGGUUAUAAUAGUGAAUACGAGGAAGUGGCCCUUGGAAAUCUGGAUAAUUUGUUUUCUACAUCUACGGGGCCCGAAUUAUCUCGUGUCAGGAUGGCGCUCGCGCGACUUGCGGUGAGCGACUGUGCGCCCCAAACGUCGCGGGUCAGCUCGAAUUUGCACAGCAGCAGUAGUAUGGCAGUAAGCCGCGUUCCGAGCCCACCACCGCCGGAAGUGAACACCCCCGUUGCCGAGAAUUGGUGUUACACACAGGUGAAGGUGGUCAAAUUCAGCUACAUGUGGACGAUAAAUAACUUCAGCUUCUGCCGCGAGGAAAUGGGAGAAGUUCUCAAGUCGUCCACUUUUUCGGCGGGAGCCAACGAUAAAUUGAAAUGGUGCCUAAGAGUGAACCCUAAGGGUCUGGACGAGGAGAGCAAAGACUACCUGUCCCUGUACCUCCUUCUUGUUUCCUGCAAUAAAUCAGAAGUCAGGGCAAAGUUCAAAUUUUCUAUUCUUAAUGCCAAAAGGGAAGAAACCAAAGCAAUGGAGAGUCAACGAGCGUACAGGUUCGUUCAGGGUAAAGAUUGGGGCUUUAAAAAGUUCAUUAGGAGAGAUUUUCUAUUGGACGAAGCCAAUGGACUCUUACCGGACGAUAAACUCACGAUAUUCUGUGAGGUCAGUGUGGUCGCAGACAGUGUUAACAUUUCCGGACAAAGUAACACGAUACAGUUCAAAGUACCGGACUGUCGACUACCCGACGAUCUUGGUCUUUUAUUUGAAAACCAAAAAUUCAGCGACGUCACGCUGACCGUUUGUGGAAGAGAAUUUCAGGCGCACAAAGCCAUUCUCGCGGCACGAAGUCCCGUUUUUUCGGCGAUGUUCGAACACGAGAUGGAGGAGAGGAAACAAAAUCGGGUGGACAUCACCGACGUGGAUCACGAAGUACUGCGGGAGAUGUUAAGAUUUAUAUACACCGGCAAAGCGUCGAAUCUUGAAAAAAUGGCGGACGAUCUUUUAGCAGCGGCGGAUAAGUAUGCUCUCGAGAGGCUAAAGGUAAUGUGCGAGGAAGCACUUUGCGGGAGUUUGGCCAUUGAAAAUGCAGCGGACAUUCUUAUACUCGCCGAUUUACAUAGUGCUGAUCAACUUAAAGCCCAAGCCAUAGAUUUCAUUAAUACACAUGCGACGGACGUGAUGGAUACAGCGGGAUUUAAAUCCAUGGUAAAUUCCCAUCCGCAUCUGAUAGCCGAAGCCUUCCGUGCGUUAGCCACUCAACAAAUUCCACCUAUCGGACCACCAAGGAAACGAGUGAAACAGAGCUGAAAGCAAUCACCCCUUACUCCGGGCACAACAUCCACGUCGCCCCCACCACUUCUACAUCCUUCAUGACUUUUGUGUACAGUGAUGAUUACGAGGUAGUGCUAAAUAAAUGUUUCCUAGUGUGCGGCAGCUACUGGUCCAACUUACGACGAUAAAUGCAACAAGAACAAAAUGAAAACAGCAUAUACAUUAUACAUACACGCGCGUAUAAACACAUACACACAUACACAACAAACAUAUAAAUACACUCGUACAUAUACACAUACAUAUAUAACAUAUAUUCGUUGUGUGAAAGAAAAAAAAUGGCCGCCGUCGUCGUCGUUGUCGUCGUCGUCUUCGUCGUCGUCGUCAUCAUCAUCUCAGAGAGUGAAGAGAGAGGAGGAUGAGAGGAAGGGGAGAGGGGAGGGGAGAUCUAUCUUACACUCGUUUAUUCUGAUUUCUGUGUCAGUGAAAAGUGUGCGUGCGUCUUAUUGUUAGACAGUGAUUAUAAAGGAAAGAAAAAGAAGAAGAAGAAAAAGAAGGAAAAUAAAAUUAAAUUAAAAUAAAUUAAAUUAAAUUAAAAUAAAUUAAAAUGUACUUGGACGAUGAUGAAUGCAAAGCUCGAUAAACGACGAUGAAGUAAAACGAAGAUGUAGAAAACGACUCGAGAGAGAAGCAAGGAGAAUGUUGUAUCAUCCUCGCUGUCGUCGUUGUGUAGUUGUCGUCAUCAUCAUCAUCGUCGUCAUCGUUAUCGUCGUCGUCGUCAUUGUUGUCAUCGUCGUCAUCGUCGUCGUCGUCGUCGUCGUCGUCUCGUCAUCGUUAUAGUCAUCGUCAUCGUCAUCGUCAUCGUUAUCGGUAUCGUCAAUGCUCGGUCCUACCACAUCUACUAUUGACUGUACACUCCCAUGCGAUGAACGGUGUAUUUUCACGAACGAAGCCAAUUACUACUACACUACUACUACUACACUACUAUUACUACUACUACUACUAUUCCUACUACUACUACUAUUACUAUUCCUACUACUACUACUACACUACUACUAUUACUACUACUAUUACUACUACUACUACUACUUUCUCCAGUCUUCAAAACGUAUCGACGUUAUACGACGAUGAUGAUUAUCCGUCGGCACGAAUGUGCUGCGAAACGACCACAGCUGUCGCAUCAUUUACUCUCUGUUUAGAACUUUUAUCGAUAAUUUACGUUUUCUUCCUUGUUGCUGGUAACGUGACAAAAAAAAGAAUAAUCUGUCUGAAAGAAAGAGAGAAAGAGAGAGAGAGAAAGGGAGAGAAAAAGAGUAGUGGACGAAAUGGAAAAACUGGAGCAGUCAGAGAGGGAAGGACAUUAAAAAAUGAGAGAGAAAUUUGGAUGAAUGAAUGAAUGCAUGAAUGAAUGAAUGAAUGAAUGAAUGAAUGAAUGAUGAACGAGAGAAUAAGAGAGAGAAAAAGAAAAUGAGAAAGAUAGAAAGAGAAAGAGAGUGAGAAAAGAUUUCAAUGAAAUAAGAUGAAAGGUAACAGACCGAUAAAUUGAAAGAUACAUAAAAGAGUGAACAAAAUUGAGAAAGAAUUUAAAAGAAAGGACCAAGCCGGAAUUGGACUACACUCGGCUGCUGUUAUUUUACCACAAUUGCUAUGCACGAAGGAAGUUGUGAUAGACGUCGCGACCCUCCCCGAUCCCAAACGAUUUUAAAAUAUUUUGUGUUCCUUUGUUAGACACGGAUCAAACGAUAUGUCCCACCCCCUCCUCUGUCUGCCAUGCAGCAAAUUAACGGAUGGUUAGAUACUUUGUUUAUAUCGAUAGUGAUUUUUUUCUUUUAAUUUCUUUUUUUUUUUUUUAAUUAUCAUUAGUUAUACGAAAGGAAAAAAAAAAGAAAGAAAGGCGUCAAAUUCUCUUCCAUUAUGGAGAAAUGAUUCUAGUUAGCGUUUUUUAUGAUCUCUUUCUCUUUAACACAUACGAUUACAAUUACUACUAUGAUUACUAUUAAUGCUACGCAAUCUGUGCCCUCUCCUAUCCCUGCUUAUAUUUUUGUACAUUUUUUUUCUCAGCUAAAUUGAUCGUUCUUUAUAUUUUUUAGUCCUUGCAUCCAAUCAACCAUUUUCCCUUCUUCUUCUUCUUCUUCUUCUUCUUCUCCUAUGUCUCGUCUAAUUCUGUUUUUUCCGUUUCCUCUUUAACUCAAGUCCAUUUCUUUCCAAAGGAUUAAGGCACAGUUUGUUUUGUUUUCUCAAGUAUUGCAUAGUAGCUAAAGUGAUAGAUUGAAUUAUUAUUAUUAUUAUUAUUAUUAUUAUUAUAUAUUAUUAUAUUAUUAUUAUUAUUAUUAUUGUAUUAAAUUUAAGGUUGUCCAUAAUUUAUCAAGUCCUGUGUUGAUUAUUAUAAAAAAAAAAAAAAUGUCUAUAUCGUUCAUGUGCCCAAGAAUACGUGUAUUAAUUAAAAAUGUUACGAUAAAGUAUCAAAGAGAGAUGAUAAAAACUUUAUUAGGUAUUAUGAAUGAGGUGGUAAAGCAAAAAAGAAAAUUGAAAAUUGUAUAAAUAAACGUUAGUCAAUUAUAGUAAUGAAA